AGAAGAGAAAUUAACUUAACGCCAGUAACGAGGUUUGACCCUUUCCUCUUUGUCUUCCUCUGCACCUGUCUGGUCUCCCAAAUCAGUCCAUGAAAGCCCAGAAUACGAUCUUCGGACUCCGAUACCAUUCACAGCAACUCUGACCACUAACAAUAUCCGGAUUUCAUUCAAAUGGAUUUGGAGGAUGAGGAGGAGGAAGGGGAGGAAGUUGGGGCAGUUGAUGGGUAUGCUGAAGUAAACAUGGGCGCUUCUGAAGGAGGUCUCGUUGGAGAGCCUUUUGUCGGUAUGGAAUUUGAUUCAGAAGAUGAUGCCAAGAAAUUCUAUACUGAGUAUGCCAGGCGGGUCGGGUUUUCUGUCCGUGUUAUGCAGCGUCGCCGAGGUACUGAUGGGAGAACUCUUGCCCGUCGGCUUGGAUGUAACAAACAAGGUUUCUCUCCUAACAAUAAGGGCACACUUGGACAUGAGAAAAGGCCCAGAGUUAGUGCACGUGAAGGUUGCAACGCAACAAUCUUGGUGAAGAUGGAUAAAUCUGGAAAGUGGGUGGUUACAAGAUUUGUAAAAGAUCAUAAUCAUCUUCUCAUUGUUACUGCCAAUGAGUUUAGCACAGCGGGUGACAAGGAUAAGAAAAUAGAGGAACUUAUGAUGGAACUGGAUCAUCAAGAUCAACUAUGUGCAGCUUAUCGAGAAAAACUACUCAGUUUCAUUAAUAACGUGGAGGUAGAAACAGAAGAACUUUCUGCAAAGAUACAAGCCAUUGUUGACAGAGUGAGAAAAGUUGAAUCCGAAACGCAAAAGAAAUCUCGCUGUAGAUAGUAUUAUCGCAGAAAUAGCUCUAGGAUUUGCUACCAUGGGUUGUGUUAGUGAAUCAUUGGAAUCCAACUCCACCCAUGAAUGUACAGAGCUGAACUGAAUGUUAGAAUCAAUUUCUGUUCAUUUAUGAAAAAGUUCUUUUUGUU